AACGUGGAAGGCGCACGGACAGGGAGCCGGCCAGGGAGGGCGAGUGAAAGAAGGCAAUCAGAAAGAAAGGGGGUUCACAAAAUAAUCAAAGCAGCCAGAGCCGCGGCUGGAGAGACCGAGACCCGGCGCAGAGAGCGCAGCCUUAGGGCGACAGGGACGGGGGUACGCGGACAGCGCGCUCAGCACUGACUUUUGCAGCUUCUCUUGGCUUUUUUUUUUUUUUUUUUAAACAAGAAGGCGCCAGCGGCAGCCUCACACGCGAGCGCCACGCGAGGCUCCCGAAGCCAACCGCGAAGGGAGGAGGGGAGGGAGGAGGCGGCGGCAUAGAGGGAGGACAGGCACUUGCACCAAAUAGUCUCCCUGGGAUUUUGCUUUUCUUUAACUUCCCUCGGGCUCCCUCUCCAUCUCCCCGCUUCUUUCCCUCUCUGUUCGUGCACCCAAGUCCUGUCUGCGUCCCCCCUCGAGCGCCCCGCACCUUGCGCUCCCUUCUUGUUCUGAUCCCGCGACUCCUUGGCUGCCGUCGCCGCGCAUGGAGAGCUCUGCCAAGAUGGAGAGCGGCGGCGCGGGCCAGCAGCCGCAGCCUCAGCCGCCUUUCCUGCCGCCCGCAGCCUGCUUCUUUGCCACGGCUGCAGCCGCCGCCGCUGCGGCCGCCGCCGCCGCCGCGCAGAGCGCGCAGCAGCAGCAGCAGCAGCAGCAGGCGCCGCAGCUGAGCCCGGCGGCCGACGGCCAGCCCUCAGGGGGCGGUCACAAGUCAGGGCCCAAGCAAGUCAAGCGACAGCGCUCGUCCUCGCCCGAACUGAUGCGCUGCAAGCGCCGGCUCAACUUCAGCGGCUUUGGCUACAGCCUGCCGCAGCAGCAGCCGGCCGCUGUGGCGCGCCGCAACGAGCGCGAGCGCAACCGCGUCAAGCUGGUGAACCUGGGCUUUGCCACCCUGCGGGAGCACGUCCCCAACGGCGCGGCCAACAAGAAGAUGAGCAAGGUGGAGACGCUGCGCUCGGCCGUCGAGUACAUCCGCGCACUGCAGCAGCUGCUGGACGAGCACGACGCCGUGAGCGCCGCCUUCCAGGCGGGCGUGCUGUCGCCCACCAUCUCCCCCAACUACUCCAACGACAUGAACUCCAUGGCCGGCUCGCCGGUCUCCUCCUACUCGUCCGACGAGGGCUCUUACGACCCCCUCAGCCCCGAGGAGCAGGAGUUGCUCGACUUCACCAACUGGUUCUGAGGGGCUGGGCCUCUCCAGGCCUUGGUGCGAAUGGACUUUGGAAGCAGGGUGAUGCACAGCCUGCAUCUUUAGUGCUUUCUGGUCAGUGACGUUGGGAGGGAGGAGAAAAAAAAAAAAGAAGAAGAAGAAGACAAAAAGAAGGGAAAAAAAAAAAAACCACACAAAAUCAGGCAACCAACCCCAACGCCAACUAAGCAACGCAAGCCCGGGAGGCAAGACUCUUGAGGAAACAGGGAUGCGCUAAGAGCAGCAUCUUUGCACUCCAAUCACUGACGGAGAUACUGAGAGCGACUGGGACCCGAGUCACCGUGCAAAAACGCAGCUGUGCGCAAGGGCAGCGGGCUCCUGGCGGACAGGAGCCGCGCACGCCGGAGAGUAACUCCCACCCACCACUCACUCGCAGAGUUGAAAGCGCUGGCUCGGGCACCCCACCUCCCGGCCCUCCUGAAAGCGCAGUUCUUAGCCCAGUAGAGAAGGGUUGGUGUCUUUCGUCUCAGUCACCCCCACCCCACUAAGCUGUGGACAAUUGUCUGCGGUGAAGCUAUGCUAUACUCAGUGCUCUGAAACCCUGCCUGCCCUCCCAGGGGCACCCCCUCCCGUGGUUUUUUCUACUGUUUUCAUCCUAGAAUGCUUCCAAUCUUUUGUGAAUUUUUUAUUAUAAGAAAAAUCUAUUUGUAUCUAUCCUAACCAGUUUGGGGAUAUAUUAAGAUAUUUUUGUACAUAAGAGAGAGAGAGAGAGAGAAAGAGAGAGAGAGAGGUGAGAGAGAGAGAGGUGAGAGAGAGAUGAGAGAGAGAAUUUAUAGAACUUUUGUACAAAUGGUUUAAAAUGUGUAUAUCUUGAUACUUUAACAUGUGAUACUAUUACCUCUGCAUAUUUGAGAUGUCGUAGUUCACCUUACAACUGCCAUUUUCCCUAUGUGGUUUUGUAAAGAGCUCUCCUCAUAGGUGAGAUCAAAAUGCCACCAGAUGUACUUCAGCACCAAUGUGUCUUACUUUAUAGAAAAGUCGUUAAUGUAUUAAUGAGGUUAUUAAAUACUGUUCAAGAAGAACAAAGUUUAUGCAGCUACUGUCCAAACUCAAAGUGGCAGCCGGUUGGUUUUGAGAGGUUGCCUUUUGGAAGUUUCUGUCACUGCCUUUUUUUUCUUACUGCUUUAUUACAAACUUACA